CUGAAAUAACUCCACCAGGACCUUCAGCUUCUGUUUGGCUUUUGGAAUAUUUUAUCAAUUUUUUGAUCAUCUUGGGAAUUUGGAAACAACUGCCUGCUAUUUUUCUUUUCUUACUGGAUAUUUCCGUGGUUAUGUGCGGAUUUAUGAUGGAGAAUUAAAAUGGUGAGGAAGAAAAAACUGCUGGUGUUCGAAAUUUGUGGAAGCAUGAUGUGGGAUGGAUAAACAACAACAUAAAUCUACUAUGGCCUCUAAUGACCCUGACCUUUCUGACCCCUGUGGUGACCCCCAGCCUGGUGACCUCAUUGAGAUCUUCAGACCGGCCUAUCAGCACUGGGCUCUCUACCUGGGAGAUGGUUACAUCAUCAACUUAACUCCUGUUGAUGAGAGCCAGGCAGCUGCCAUGUCCAGCGUGAAGUCAGUCUUCAGUCGGAAGGCAGUGGUGCGCAUGCAGCUGCUGAAGGAGGUGGUGGGGAGCGACUCGUACCGUGUCAACAACAAGUAUGACCACAACCACACGCCCCUGCCUAUCAGUGAGAUCAUUCAGCGAGCGCAAGUCCUCAUCGGCCAGGAGGUUUCUUACGACCUGCUGGGGAGCAACUGCGAGCACUUUGUUACCCUCCUGCGCUACGGGGAGGGGGUGUCCGAGCAGGCUACACGGGCCAUUGGGGCCAUCAGUUUGGUGACGGCAGCAGCCAGCGCCUUCUCUGUCCUGGGACUGAUCAACACACGAUCCAGAAACAGGCCUUUCUGACAGCUGUAUUUCCUCCCAGCAUUCAUGC